AUGUCUCCACCUAUCAGCAUCACCACCUCCAUCGUCCUGACAUUCUUUCUCCUCCUCUCGCCUUCCUUAGCCGGGCCACCUCCACAAUGCGGGGAGUGCUCAGGUCAAGCCAAACUCUUCUAUGCCAAUGAUUGUCCGGCUGGACGCGCUUACGAGAAAAAGUCAUGGCUCAAUGACAACCACUAUGGUGGAGGGUCCGGAUGCUCCAUUAUCACAAAGGGCAAUCCAAUGAGCAUCUUCAAAACGAACGCUGGAUUUCGGUGCAGCGUCCUGGUAUAUUCGGACGACAAAUGCACAGAUGAUUAUCAAAUCGACGCCAUCUCCAUCUCCAACACUGGAUGCAAAAAUAUUGUAUCAGGCGGAAGGAGCUGGCAAGUUCUCUGCACUGGGAGGCAGCCGCCGUACUGUUGA